UACUCUCCCUUACUAGCCAACGGGAUAACUAGGACCGAGAAUGAAUAUUUUGAUUGGAUGACCACAAUGGAUGACCGCAUUGGCCGGCUGAAGACGCUCAAAACGGUCUGGCAACUGCUACGUCAAAAUGCUCGUCGGGAAAAAUCAAAAGGAGGUGGACAAUUGAUGAAGUCGGAGAAGUCUGAUUAUUUCAACACCACAAAAGGGAGAUAAAAAAAAAAAAUAUGGACAGAGAAAAGAGCAAUCCUCCUCCACUGGACCGGGACGGGAAUACAAACAGGGUGGCAUCUCAGGUGGUGGAGAUCAUCAGUGGGAUGAGUCUGGGAGCCAUCCAGUCUCUGGAGGAGGAGGAGGGAGAUGACUCUGUGUUCUAUGAUGAGGGUGAUGCUCCAUUAGAUGGGGAAGGAAGGUCUUGUCCCUUGGUCUGUGGGUCCAACGAGAAAUCAGCUCAACCCCAGAAUGGGAAGGUGAGCCUACUCAAGGCUGAGACAGCCGGUGUAGUCAUGGAGAAUGGAACAGGGAAAGAUCCCAUCACGGAAGGAGGAGAACAUCGGAGCCCUGCUCUUUCGGGUAAGGGUGAUACUGGGCCACAUCACACCGCCAGACACUCCAGACAGCCCCAGACAGAAACAUUGGCACAAAUCCCAACUCAAACACUUGCAGAGCCACAAAAACAUAGAAGACAGGACACAUUGAUGAACAAAGCUUCUGCUUCACACAAGAUGGAGGUGAAAGAUACACAGGAGCAGACACCUGUUACUACUCCUCCGCCUGUACCCGAGGAACCUCAGCUAUACAGGGCGGCAGAGGCCCCAUGCUCCUCUGGUGACGAGCCCAACAGUGCGAGUCAGGAUGAGGAGGACACAGACAAAGGUUCCCAGGAUUCCCUGGCCUGUCAGGGUACAAGUUCCCAGUCCUCAGAAGGACAGAAGUCUGGCCGGUCCCGUCAUCAGAAAUCCUCCGACCACAACACCAGUUCCAAAUAUAGCACCGUCUCCUACAGGAAGAUACGCAAAGGUAACACUCGCCAGAAGAUCGACGAGUUUGAGUCCAGGAUGAAUCUAUAACGUUACAUCAAGUUAAUAUCUUGAAGAUGGUGCAGCUUCACUUCAACUGCAUGGAGCUGGAUGGGGGCAUGCUAAACCAGUCGCUAUGCAAAUUGGAAUAACGGUCACGUGUCGUCGUUGGUUAAGUCUGUCUAAUACACAAUCCUAACAGAUUUUCAGUGUGUCAUAUUUCAAAUAUUGACAUUUCACUGUAACGUUAAGUCCCCACUGAAGCCAAAAGAAUGAUUGACAUGUAAAGAGUUCUCACAGACUUGGAAUAACUGCUGAGAGGAGCUCAAUAUGCAUAGUAGUAUUGUUAUUUAAUUAGAAAAUUAGUGGGGAACAUUUGAUUAUGUAAGGCAGGUAUUUGAUAAGCA